UUCGGGUUGUUAUUCCUUACGGGCGGGCACUCAGGUCCGUCCUAAUGUCGUGCUCAGCAUGGACCCAGCACCCCGCCGCUACAUUUCACUCCGGUUACGUAAAGAAUAAGCUGCAUCAGGUUUGGCGGUGAUAGACCUUUUCACACACGGUCGCAGAAUUUGCGCACCCAAAGGGUCCUCGAAUAAUGGGACCGAAUUGACGCACGGAGUUCUUGUGACUCUCUUGCCCCUUAUGGCGGAAUCGGUUUUUUCUGGUUGUCCUCUAAUCGUAUGAUACCUAGAAAGAUUCUGAAAAGUACGGAGCGGUCCAUUUUCGCUUUCUCAUUUCUAUCUUGACCCUAUCGAAAACACUGUUGGCAACGCAGAUUUUUUUUUCUUUUUUUAAUAUACGCUUGAUCCUUUAAACGGAGAUAUUCUGUUCGCCUCUUGUGUCAGCCUCGCGCAGUCCAUCGUCCCAUACACACUCCCAGUUCCAGGCGUUAACUGUCUGACCUCGGGAGGCAUAUAUUCGCCACAUGCCCAAUAGAAACAAGACCAUAGCCAUUGUCAACGGUACUGGUCGUCAGGCUGCGUCGGUCAUUCGGGCAGUCGCAGCUGUCGGCUAUGCUGUCCGCGCCCAGGUGCAUUCGAUAGAAGGCCUGGUGGCUGAAGAGCUUGCCGAUUUACCCAAUGUUAGGUUGUUCGAGGGGCCUCUGGUGAACAACCAAGUCCUCAUCGACACAAUCUUCGAAGGUGCUCAGAUUGCCUUCAUCAACACCAAUCCCCUGGGUGGCGAUGAGAUCAAAAUCGGCAAGGCUCUAGCCAACGCGGCGAAGAAGCGCAACAUCCAGCAUUUCAUCUACAGCAGCAUGCCUGACCAUUCAAUUCACAAUCCACGCUGGCCAGCGCUUCCGCUUUGGGCAUGCAAAUUCACUGUUGAGAAUUACAUUCGGCAGCUUGGCCUCCCGGCAACCUUUGUUUAUGCUGGAAUCUACAACAACAAUUUCACCAGCCUCCCGUACCCUUUAUUUUGCAUGGAUUUCAAGGACGAUGGAACCCUGGAAUGGCGAGCACCUUUUCACCCAGAUACCAAACUACCAUGGCUGGAUGCCGAGCACGAUGUUGGGCCCGCUGUUUUGCAGAUUUUCAAAGAUGGACCCGGGAAAUGGAACGGGCACAGGAUCGCCCUUGCAUUCGAAAUGCUCACCCCGCUACAAGUUUGUCAGGCAUUUGAAAAGGCGUUAGACCGGCCGUGCAAAUAUGUUUUCAGCAAACGUGUCGAGGUGAAGGUGCCCAUCCCAGACGGAUACAGAGAGCAACUUGCCGGCAUCGAAAUCCUGUUUGGGGAGUACAAUGCGCCGUACUUUCCCGGCCCAGAUUUUGAGUAUGACACAAGACGCAAAGGCAGCAAUGAUACCAUCACAGGCAGAAGCAGCAACGAGGUGUCUCGCAAAACCAAAUCGGGCAAACUGACGGACGAGGCUCGAUCCCUCUGGCCGCCGUAUAGAUCCAUCUAUGAGUAUGCCAAGGAGGCAUUUGUUAUUGAGGAAGAGGCAAACGGGAAAACUUGGAUGAUCGAUAAAAGCGUCAGCACUUGAGGAAGCGGGCUUUCAUCCCUCAGAGCCGACGAUUCUUAUGACCUUGACGACCCUGUGGUAAUUACGUUUUGUGGUUAGGAACAAGCAUAGCAUGGGAUGCAUUUGUUUCGGGUUAUUGGUGAUAAAAUUCCAGGACAGCUUCGCAUUUAGAUCCGAGACGGGAAGAAGGCGAGGGUUCGGUUCGUCUCGAUAGAACUCAUGCCUCUGCGUCGGCCAUCUUAAUUGUCUUCCAACAGCAGACUGAGGUGCAGAAAUACGAGGUGCUUAUCAAAAGUACAUCGAGUCCAAAAUCCGAAGGCGCAUUUCUUCCUCUCCCCUCUUCUCUCCAGCAUAGUGCGCGGGUUUUAGACACGGAUCACAUUCGACAGGCUAAACAGGA